CUAAAAAUGACCUCGUCUACUAUUGAAAAAGGCUCCCGUGUUCUCGUAACCGGUGUUAAUGGAUUUAUUGCAUCUCAUGUUGCAGACCAGCUAUUGAGAGCUGGCUAUAAAGUCACUGGCACUGUUAGAAAUCAAGCUAAGGCUGAGAGUCUACAGUCACUUACUGACAAGUACGGAAGUGAUGAUUUCAAAGUUAUCAUCGUCAGAGACUUAGAAAAAGAAGGAGCUUUUGAUGAAGCUGUUAAAGACGUUGAUGCCAUUGCUCACGUUGCAUCGCCAGUCACCUUUAAUCCUGAGAACCCGAUUAGGGAUGUCCUCAACCCGGCUAUUAAUGGAACUAUGAGUCUUCUACAGUCCGCGCACAAGUGCGGCAAGAACGUCAAACAUGUCGUUGUCACUUCAAGUGUUGCUGCCGCUGUAACCCCGUUUGAAGAAGGGUCAUACAACUACACUGAAAAGGACUGGAAUAGGACUAGUUACGGAGAAGUUAGCCAGUGGAAGGAAGGCGAACCUAUCAACGGUCCUGUUGCUUAUGCAGCAAGCAAGGUCGCAGCUGAGCAAGCCGUGUUCAAGUUCCAGAAAGACGUGUCUCCAAACUUCUCCAUCAACACCAUCUUACCUGGUACCACUUUUGGAGCAGUCAUUACCGAGAUCAAGUCAGCCAACGAGUUGACAGGAUCACCAAUGUGGACUGCUGAGUAUUAUAGUGGUCAAUCAACGGAUGUCACAACUGCUUGGGUGUACCACCAUUAUGUGAACGUUCAGGAUGUCGCUUUAGCACAUGUGCGUGCCAUAGAAAGAGGCUCUGAAACGAAUGGUGAACGAUUUAUGGUAGUCGGUGGAAGCUAUGCUCUUCAAGAAAAAGUUGACAUUAUGCGCAAGCACUACCCCGAACGCAAAGACAUUAUUGUUGAAGGUACUCCGGGCAAAUACCCCACACUUGAGCAAACCCUGGAUGGCAGUAAGACUGCCCGACUUCUAGGUAUCCAAUACAAGACUUUUGAGCCUAGCUUAAUUGAGUGUGUUGAAAGUAUCAAGCAUUUAUAUUGAGUAGAAUCAACCAAGCUCUAUGGACAUUGCCUCCAAGUUCGCUCAAUGAAAGGCAUAUGAUAUACUGUAACGUAGCAAUAAAUGCACGCAGAGACAUGAAAAAUAUGUUCUAUUCAUUAAAGCGUUUGGCAGUCUAUAUUUGAAAUA